CUGUAAUCAUUAUAGAGGGAUUGACCCUCCCCGCAUCUCCCCGCUCCCCUACCUGGUCAUGGUACCCUCUCGGGUAGUUGGAGGUUGGGGUUCAGUUUGUGUGGCGAACGACGCCUCAGCCUUUGGCUCGGACCAUGAAGCGACCAUGGUCAAGAUUUGCCCGGGAAGGCGCCACAGACCUGGCCGGUAACGCAGCCCAGGCCCAUCAAUGAUGUGUUCUUUCUUUGGCCCUGGGGACUCUGCACACCCUUCUUCUCCUUGGCAGCCUAUGCCAUCCUCAGCGCACUGCUGCUACUGCUGAGUGGGCUUGGUGCACUUGCAGCGCUGUGCUGCGCUGCGCCAGUGUCCUUGGGAUGGUGCUGCCUAUGGAGCUGGCGCUACAGCCACUCUUGGCACACAGAUCCUUGCUGGGUGAACGGUCAAUACGACCAAUAUGUUGCGGUACCAGAAAUACCCGCCGCAUGCUAGUCUACCUUACAUCCUUCUUGUGGAGGUACCAGGUGAUGUAAGACAGACAUAUUGUUGUAAGUUGUAAGCCACUUUGUGUGGAGAAUAGCUUCAUAGUUGUUUUUUGGUAUGGUUUUGCUGUCCCUCAGUCCCUCAUUUAGUUGGUGGGGCCACAAUGACAUCCAGGUUCAACUUAGACAUGCUCUUAAUCCUGCGGUGCUGUGGUGUGGGAGGGCAGUUUGCAGAUGUCAUUCUUUUCGUUGGAGUGAUCCUCCUGUCUCGCCAGGAUGUCUAUCAGAAGCUCAUUUACCUCGCUUUCUACGUGCAGCACUCAGGCCUACGCACACCCAAGGCGGAUGCCAGAUUUAUGCCAGUGGACAAGCUGAGCAGUCGAAAGGUGCUGAAGAAGCAGUACAUGGACUAUGGUCUGAACAUCCAGGUGCCCAAGGGUGCCGAGGAUCAAUUCCUUGAGGAAUAUCACUCACCUACACUCUUGGAGAACUUCAUCGAAGAUCGCUUACACUGGCUGCCACGCAGUGAACGCUUCGAAACCUUUGCUCCCGACGAGAAUCCGGUGGACUUUGUGAUGAAGCAGCUGGGCGCCGUGUAUCCAGCUGUCUAUCAGGAAUGGACGGACAAGCACAGCGACGAAGCCCUCACCCGCUUUUGCUUGCAUGGCUUGGGUGCCCACCGAGUGGAGCUGGAGAUCAGGAAUGGCUUGAAGUACUUCGUGGUGAGGACGAAUUGCCUCUCAGUGCUACCAACCCGCCGGGGCUUUGAGCGAUAUGGUGGUGAUGCUUACUUCUUUGAGGACUGGCGGCCCGCCAUGAUUGUGGACAGGGGUCAAGGUCCACUGGUGGAAGACCUACAUCAGAAGGAGGUCAUCGUGAGACCUGGGGAGAAGGACUGGGAGAGAACAAAGUUUCGCUUCCGUUCUUCGCUCUUCUCUUUGGUGACUUUGGUGGAUCACUUGUACUUCAUCCAUUUGCAGCUGGCCAACUUCUUUGUGACUUCUCUUCGGGAGCAGAUGUCCUCUAGCCAUCCCAUCCGGCGCUUUUUAACACCUUUCACCUACCAAACCAUCUCGAUCAACGACAAUGCCAAGCAUAACCUGGUCGCGAAGCGCGGCAUGGCUUCCAGAUGCUUCGCAUUCACGGACACGGGCUUUGCUCUGGCCUUUGCAGCGGCUCCGUCUUUGCAGGUCUGGGGCUAUGAGGUGGCUGCUGAGCAGGGAGGUCCUUUCUUGAAUCUGAAAGAUUACUUUGCCCACAAGAAAAAGAUGGGCGUGGACACUGAGUAUUUCAGACAGGCGGAGGAGCUCUACUGGAUCUUUGUUCGCUUUUUGCAGGGCUACCUGGACUGCUAUUAUGCCACGAAAGAAGACCUGGUCAGAGAUGAAGAGCUGGUCUCCAUGGCCCAGCACUACUUCAUCCGCUAUGAAAGUGCCUCCGCUUCUUGUGCCUUUGCACGCGCUGCUGGCGGCGCGCCCUGGAUCCAAUCCAUUGAUGAGGCGGCUGUGGUCGAAGUGGCCUAUGAGUUCUACCUUCAUUGGCUCUCGAGUCUCCUUUGGAUGGUCACCGCCGGACAUGAGCAGCAGGGCGCUGUCGAAGUCUAUGCACAGGAUGCUUCAUGGACGUGCUUCAAGUGGCUUGAGGGGUCCAUCUGUGGUACCAAGCAGACUGCGACUGCACAAGCCUUGCUCAUGUCCUCACCUCAACUCCUAUGCCCAAGCUGCUGGGGGAGGAUUGGUCCCACUUGUUUCCUGAAGCCUCAGUGAUGGGGCACAGCCCUGCAAGCGUUUUUAAGACCUUCCAGGAUGAGCUGAGUUUGAUGGCUGCAAAGUGCGAGAAGUACAAUACUGAAGCGGAGUCCAGGUCCUUUCCCGACGGCUUCCCCAUCUACGCCAACCAUCCGGGUCUCCUAGAGACUGCGGUCAGCGUGUGAUCGAAAA